UACCAUCCAUUAUUAUUAUUAUUAUUUUCUUCUAAAAGAAUCUCUCUAUACUUAAAAAAACCAAAAUACUCUUUCUUCUUCUUCUUUUUUUCUCCAGAGAUUGUUGCUAUUGACAUCUCUGUUUCUUCUUCUUGUUCUGUUGUCUCUUCAAUUUUGACUCAUCUUGAAGAAGAGGAAGGAGAAGAAGCUCAUGAAGAGGCUAGUGGCAUUGUUAUUUCUUUUGUUACUGAAUAAUGGCGCUGUUGAAAUUUAUGGAGAAGGAAGUGACUGGGGAUGCAAAUAUAACAAGGGUUUAGAACCACGACCUCAUAGUGUAUCUAUAAAUGAGUUUGGAGCAGUUGGAGAUGGAAAAACACUGAAUACUCUUGCCUUUCAGAAUGCUAUCUUCUAUCUCAAUUCUUUUGCGGACAAGGGUGGAGCACAGCUCUAUGUGCCUCCAGGGAGAUGGCUAACUGGAAGUUUCAAUCUCACCAGUCACCUCACACUUUUCUUGGCAAGGGGUGCUCUCCUCCUUGGAUCCCAGAACAUCUCACACUGGGAACUAAUUGAACCCUUGCCGUCAUAUGGCAGAGGGACUGAACAUCCGGGAGGAAGAUAUCGCAGUUUGAUAACAGGAUAUAACUUAAAAGAUGUUGUGAUAACAGGUGACAAUGGAACAAUUGAUGGCCAAGGUUCUGUUUGGUGGGACUGGUAUACGUCCCAAUCCUUGAAUUACAGUCGCCCACACCUAGUGGAAUUUAUCAGUUCCGAUGAUGUCGUGAUUUCAAAUCUGACCUUCUUGAAUUCCCCAUACUGGAAUAUUCAUCCAGUUUAUUGCAGCAAUGUGCAAGUUCUGAACAUAACAGUACGCUCUCCAUCUGAUUCUCCUUUUACCGAUGGAAUAGUGCCAGAUUCUUCUGAUAACAUAUGUAUAGAGAACUGCACUAUCAGUGUUGGGCAUGAUGCGAUUGUGCUCAAGAGCGGUUGGGAUGAGUAUGGAAUCACAUAUGGAAGACCCACGACACAAGUCCACAUCAAGCGGGUUCAACUUCGAGCAUCUUUAGGCUCCGGCCUUGCAUUCGGCAGUGAGAUGUCUGGUGGGAUCUCAAGUGUGUUUGCAGAGCAUCUUCAUAUUCAUGACUCUUUCACUGGCAUUAAUCUGAAGACUACCAAGGGCAGGGGAGGUUAUAUAAAAGACAUUCUUAUUUCCGAUGUUGCAGUGGAAAAUGUCCAAAAGGCCGUUGAGGCCUCCGGUCAUUUUGGAGCACACCCCGAUGAAAACUUUAAUCCCGACGCUCUUCCAAUUGUUGAUGGCAUUACAUUGAAGGAUAUGGUUGGCAAAAACAUUUCUAGAGCUGGAAACUUCAUUGGAAUCCAAGAAUCUCCUUUCACUUCUAUUUGUCUAUUCAAUAUCUCAUUAUCUACGGCUUCAGACCCUUCCACUUCAUGGGCUUGUUCAAAUACGUUUGGAUUCUCCCAAUCAGUGCUUCCAGAACCUUGCCCCGAGCUCCAAAGCUUAUAUUCAAACUCUUCUUCUGUUUGUUAUUCUCUGGAACCUUCUGCUGGGUACUCCGCAGCCCUGUGAGAAUAUCAACUCCUUCCUUUUUUUAUCAUACCCCACUGUACAAUGUGUCUAAAUUUCUUCUAUUUGUGGACUCGAAUUCUUUCCUCAAUAAAGUGCAGACGUCAACCUGCACCACUCCAGUUCCAAUUCUUGAUUUUCGAUUUAGAUGAAGUAGUAAUAUCCCCGUCCGGCAGCAGCUUUUUAUGUACAGUUCCAAUUCUUCAUUCAUGUGCAAGGAAAUUUUUGGUAGUGUGAAAUAGAGCUGGCAAUCCGAGCCAAAACCCGCGGGUUGGCCCGUCCCGUCCCGUACAAACCCGUGCCCGUCCCGGAUCGUAACUAAACAAGACGGGCGCGGGUUGUAUAAUUAGUGGCUUGUGAAUAAACGGGUUAACCCGUCCCGUCCCGUGCAACCCGCGAGUAACCCGGCUCAGUCCCCACCCACAUCCACUUAGGCUGCGUGUCACACAAUGACACAAUUAGCUGUUACGUGUCAUGUUCUUUCUUCCUCAUAUAAAAACGAAAAAACCCUAGGCCGCCUUCAUCUUCUUUCUUCCUCUUUUUUUCUUCUUCCCUGGCCUGCUGAGUCUCCUGACUGACAGAUUUUCACAGAUUCACAGAACAACAAAUCGAAAAAUUAUUAGAUCUAAAGAUCAAAGGCAGGUAAUCAGAUUUUCCUAUUUGUUUUCUUCUUUAUAUAAAUUUUUUGAUUAGCUUGAAUAACAAAUUGUUUGAAGUCUUGAAGAGAAAAACAAGAGCGAAUUGAUUUUCUGGGUUCGUGAAGAUCGGAGGAGAAAAUUGAUUGAAUUUGUUUGGCCGUCUGUUCGAUUAAUAAUAUGUAAGAUGUUUUUUUUCAUUCGAUUUGAGUUCAAUCUUCAGUUUGACUUGUAAUUUGACUUGUUCUUAGUAGAUCUAGUUGGUUUGAUUAAGGUUUUGAGAUGUAAUUUGGGUGGAUUUGUUUGAAUUUCACAUGUUUUAGUUUAUUGUAUGAUUGUAAUUGGUGAUGAUUAUAUAUACAAGUUCUGUUUGAUUUGGUCA